CCUUGAUAUCGAGAUAUUGCGCGCACAUCAAUGCGUUGUUGGAGACCGUGAUGGAUCGACAGACAAUGCAGAAUGUUUCGUACAACGGGCGGAGAGUGGUAUAUUCUUAUCCUCGCAAGACGUUGAGAUCCUUGUUUGAAAAUCCGAGACCGAGGCUAGACAAUCAUCUUCAUCUGUACAGCUCCAUCUCUCUAAUAUUACUUUACUCAUAUUAUUGAAAGGUUAUUAUUAGCAAGAACAUCCCACGUCCGAGUGGAGAUACACCCUUAAUCAAGCGUUUUCUUUUAGUGAUGCAUCAACCCUGGCAUUAGAAUAUCUUCAAACGGGAGCAAUUACACGCAGACUUUCAUCGUCGCCAGCGAUUACUCCGAACCCCUCUAGCUCUCAUCUGACCGAGAAGCUUGGCAAUGGGGAAAAAUCCCAGACUUUCACAUCUUUGUGAGAAAUGCCGAUAUGAAGUGUACCAUCAAGAAAUCAUUUGGCACCAAGAGAUUAUGUGUGGCACUACUUAUAUAGAAUAGGGAGAAUUCGAGACACAUCGAACAAUCUGAUGAGACCCCGAGAUCGGCUGAAAAAGUUGAAUUUCUCAUCAGAGUUGCGUGACAUUACAAAUCUGUUGAUCAACUAUUACCGCAUUCCGAGGAAAGGCGGAAAAGUAAAACAAACAUUCAAGGUCAACUGACUCUUAUAAGCAAGCAAAGUCCAAGUUGCCUAUCAUAGUCUAAGGUUUCUACGCUUACAUUGAUUGGGACGUAUUUAGAAAAUAACUUUGAAGUAGUAAAAAUCUCAAGCAAAAAAACUUUAUUGUUUCGUAAUAAAAUUCAAUGAAAUUCAGUGGCUCUAAAUCCCAAGGAUGUUUGGCUAUGAUUAUACGGGACUUCCGCAAGCGUCACCACUCAUGUGAUAGAAAGGGAAAGACCCGGAUACAACGUGAUCAAUUUAAAUUUACAGGAAAUUGAGCUAUCAAGAAUUGACAUGUUCCGGUGGAUUUCUCAGUUGACUAUAAAUGUUUGCUUUUGCCAAACUAGGAAGAAACUAGGGCUAUUUCCAUAUUUCCCAUUCGUUCUCAGUGCGCGUGACAUCUCAAGAACUUCGAGACGAUUCUGUCGGCUCAAACAGAACGGGGUAAGUAAAAAAAAUAUUUACCACAGUGAGAUCUAUCAGCUUUGCGACGGAUUAUCGGGGCCAACAACUCGAACGAUGGAUGAAGGCUUAACCUGACAGCCAAUGGAAAAGACAAAGUAUUCAGCAUCGUCACCUUCUUCCAAAUUAUGAAAAUCAUUUCUUGACACGAAAGAGUUUCAGGAGAUAAGGCACCUAAGGUCGUGAUGGAUUUUGGAGACCCAGUGACUCUGGCUCAGACAGCAUUCCUCGUUUCCGUCUCGGUGUUGACCAUGGCUUUGAAUUCUCUAGUGAUAAUGACAAUCUGGAAAGAUCCAUUCAAGCAGCUUAAAGGAACAGCAAACUAUCUCAUAUUAAAUCUGGCUGUUUGUGAUCUACUUAUGGGUUUUCCAACCGAGUUACUCUUUGCUAUUCUUCACUGGUUUCCUGGUAAUAAGAGUGUCAUCAAAGCAGGGUACAUCACGAUGUAUUUUGCUAUUUGUGCCUCAUUUCUUACAAUCCUGGGCCUCGCUGUUGAAAGACUUAUUGUCAUAUCAUCCGCUAAGAGUGACGAUAACUCGACAACGACGAGUUAUUGCACUGUAGGCAUUAUGUCCAUCUGGCUUUUCGCUGCGCUAACAGCCUCUCUUCCUAUGCUCGGAUGGGACUCAUUUGACAGUUAUAGGCUUUUUAUCGCUGAUGCUAUCGGAGUUCCUGUAUUGAUCCUGUUAAUUGCUUGCUACACACGGAUCUUUCUGCUGAUCAGAAAACAGCUGCAUCGAUAUUUUGCAACAGGCGAUCAAAGAAGAGAGCUCCAACCCUUAACACCAAAAAGUCAAAGAAUGGAAAGACUUAAAAGGAGGGAAAGAGGCGUAGCUCUCUCUGUAUUCAUCCUUACUGGCUUGGUUACCGUAUGUUGGAGUCCGCUUUUCAUUGUGGAAAACAUCAGACAGUGUUGUGAUCACGACGAUUGUAUUCCUAAAAAACUUGACUUAAUAUUCGAAAGCUUGAUAUUUGUGCAUCCGCUGGCCAAUCCUAUCGCUUACGCUCUGCGUACGGCGAAGUUUCGACGCGCACUCAAAAGAAUUUUCAGGCGUAGUGGUAACAAUUAAUCGUUUAGCCUGAACGACUAAUUGUUAUCGGGUUACCUUCUACGUUUGUCUUUUGUCGGACUCACUAUAUUUCCAAAGCCUUCAACGCGGAAAAUUCUGUUGUGUGUCUUCCAACUGCUGAAGGUUUGCCGACGUCAAUAUCGAUAUUCAGCUUACCAAAACUUUUCACACUGAUGCUUCCACGGUUUCGUAAGAUAGUUUUAUGUUUCCGGAGACCACCGUAAGAAACACAAACAUUUACGUAUUUAAUUGCAUUAAAACUGAAUUUUCAAACUCUUGAAAAUUUCUCCCGUAAAAUAGGUCGAUGGAACCUUUCACUAUAUUUCCUUAAGUACAAGGGAAUUUUAUGGCAAAAUACAAAAAA